GAGGGAGGAAGGCGGCGGCGGUGGCGGCCUCGACGUCGACGACCGCGCCGCCCGCGAUGGGAAGUGCCUUAUAAAGACACAGCUCGGCCCGGCCCGACCGACUUGUCGCCGCGCUUCCCCGCGAGUGCGCGCGGAGGCCGGGGGCGGACCCCGGACAGACCCGGGUCACGACGGACUCCGGUCCUUGACGCCGCCAGACGGACCCCGGCUCCGGGCAGACCUCGGACGGGCCGCGGCUCCCGGCCCCGGGCAGACCGCAGGCAGACCCCGGCCGGCUCCCGGCUCCCGGCUCCCGACAGACCUCGGACGGACCCUGACCCCGGAGAGACCCCGGUCCGGGGCAGACCGCAGGCACACGGCGGCGGCCCGAUCCCGGCCCCGGAGGCGUCGGACGCACCCGGCCCGGGACAGAUCCCGGCCCGAUCCCGGCUCCCGGCAGACCUCAGGCAGACCCCCGGCCCGACGAGCGGGCCGGAGAGCGGGCGGGGGCCGAAGGCGCCCCCGGAGGCGGGGGCAUGCGCGGCCCGCGGCAUGGCCUCGGCGGUGUUUGAGGGCACCUCGCUUGUGAACAUGUUCGUGCGCGGCUGCUGGGUGAACGGCAUCCGCAGGCUCAUCGUCAGCCGGCGCGGCGACGAGGAGGAGUUCUUCGAGAUCCGCACGGAGUGGUCGGACCGCAGCGUGCUCUACCUGCACCGCAGCUUCGCGGACCUCGGCCGCCUGUGGCAGCGCCUCCGCGACGCCUUCCCCGAGGACCGGCCGGAGCUAGCGCGCGUGCCGCUGCGGCAAGGACUGGUGGCCAUAAAGGAUGCCCACGAUAUAGAGACCAGGCUUAAUGAGGUGGAGAAGUUGCUAAAGACCAUCAUAAGCAUGCCGUGCAAAUAUUCCAGGUCAGAAGUUGUGCUCACCUUCUUUGAAAGAUCUCCUUUGGAUCAGGUGUUAAAAAAUGACAACGUACAUAAAAUUCAACCCAGCUUUCAGAGUCCGGUGAAAAUAUCAGAAAUCAUGAGAUCCAAUGGAUUUUGCUUAGCAAAUACGGAAACCAUUGUUAUUGACCACAGUAUACCAAACGGAAAAGACCAACACCUGGGUGUGGAUCCGACAGAGCAUUUGUUUGAGAAUGGCAGUGAAUUUACCUCAGAGCUGGAGGAUGGUGAUGACCCAGCCGCUUAUGUCACCAACCUAUCCUAUUACCACCUGGUCCCCUUCGAGACGGACAUUUUGGACUGAGUCUCUGGUGGGCCCCCACCUUCUCCGGGCCCUUGACUGCUGGUUCUGCCCCGGCUGCAGGGGCCCCCCUGCUGCCCCAGGCCUGGGUCAGGGGGUAUCUCCUCAGUGACAGUGCCCAGGAGGCCCGGGUGUCCUGCCCCUGGAGCAGCGGGGCUUUCCCCUGGUGCAGGGGCCCCCCACGGCCGCCCGGCCACCCCUAGCUCCCCACCAUUCCCUCACCCGACAAGCGCGCACAACAUGGCCUGGGAGGUGGUGAGGAGUUGCCACGGUCUGGACGACACAGGCAGGCAAUGUGAGGUAAUCCAGGAUUUCCCUGGGAACCCAGAUGUGUGGCUUUCAUUUCUCUUUUUCAUCUUCUCUCCAGAAGCUGUGGGUCUGGUGUCAGCCAAAGGGGCUCUUUACAGAAGGUUCCUUGUGGAUGGCGAGGGUUGGCUACAGAGACAGGGCAAAUCAUUGCUGAUCAGGUGCCGUGAGCGGGGACUGAGAAGUACUGAUUCUCCUCCAGAGAAAAGAGUUCCUGCCUGGCCUACCAGCAUCUCUAAAGCCCUUCAGUGGGGUAGCCAGGCUGGAACCACCCCGGGCUGUGGGAGGUUCACCUCUCCUGCUGUUUACCAAGCUGUCAGUGACGUCAUUGCCAUAUUCACCUGCGGGGGGCGGGGGGGCAGGGAGACCAACAGGAAAGCACUGGCCAAGUCCCCCUUUGCCCCUUGGUGGGGGGCGGUGCGCAGGCAGGUCUGGGUUCUGUGUGCUUAUCUCCUCAUGGGGUCUACUAACGACCAACAUUUGCUAAUGUAAAUAAUAGUAAAUUAUUGAGAAUCCUAAUUCUUUUACACGGUCUGUUUUUUAAUCUAUUUUAAUUAAAUAAAGUGUAUUACUCUA